AUGACAGAUGCCACUGUGUCCUUCACCAAGGACUUCUUGGGCUGUGGAGUGGCCGCAGCCAUCUCCAAGAUGGCAGUAGCAGCCAUCUCCAAGAUGGCAGUAGCACCCAUGGAGCGGGUCAAGCUGCUGCUGCAGGUGCAGCAUGCCAGCAAGCAAAUCACAGCAGAUAAGCAAUACAAGGGCAUUAUAGACUUCGUGGUUCAUAUCCCCAAGGAACAGGGUGUCCUGUCCUUCUGGCGUGGUAACCUGGCCAAUGUCAUCAGAUACUUCCCUACCCAGGCUCUCAACUUUGCCUUCAAAGAUAAAUACAAGCAGAUCUUUCUGGGUGGUGUGGACAAGAGGACCCAGUUUUGGCGCUACUUUGCAGGGAACCUGACAUCAGGUGGUACCACUGGGGCCACAGCCUUGUGCUUUGUGUACCCUCUUGAUUUUGCCUGUACCCAUCUAGCAGCUGAUGUGGGCAAAGCUGGAGCUGAAAGGGAAUUCAAAGGCCUGGUUAAGAUCUACAAAUCUGAUGGGAUUAAGGGCCUGUACCAAGGCUUUAAUGUGUCAGUACAGGGCAUUAUCAUCUACCGAGCUGCCUACUUUGGCAUCUAUGACACUGCAAAGGGAAUGCUCCCAGAUCCCAAGACUACUCACAUCUUCAUCAGCUGGAUGAUUGCACAGUCUGUCCCUGCUGUUGCUGGCCCGACUUCCUAUCCUUUUGACAUGGUUCGCCGUCCAGAGGCAUGGGUGGUGCCUUUGUGCUUGUCUUGUAUGAUGAGAUCAAGAAGUACACAUAAUUAUGUCCUAGGUGUUCUCCCCGAGAACAGGCAUGAUGUAUAA